AAUCAUCAGAUCUGUGGUCAAGCCCUUCAAGUAUUUCUUCGGCCUGAGGUUUGAGGUGAAGGGACUGGAGAACUUUGAGGUGGAGGGCCCUGCUAUCAUUGUGUCCAACCACCAGAGCAUCCUCGACAUGAUGGGGCUGAUGGAAAUCCUGCCCGAUGACUGUGUCCAGGUGGGCAAGAGGGAGCUGAUAUACGCCGGCACUGUGGGGCUCAUCAUCUACCUCGGUGGUGUCAUCCUCAUCAACAGGAAGAGCACCAGCAGUGCCAAGAUGGUGAUGGCAGAGGUGGCCAACACUAUGACAGCUGAAAAUGUGAAGGUGUGGGUGUACCCAGAGGGCACAAGGAACUGUACCGGGGAUUUGCUGCCAUUCAAGAAGGGAGCAUUUCACCUUGCUGUCCAGGCACAGGUCCCAGUGAUCCCCGUGGUGUAUUCCUCCUUCACCACCUUCUAUAACCCAAAGAAGAAGCUGUUUACAUCAGGCAAAAUCAAGGUUGAGGUUCUGCCUCCAAUAGAGACCAAAGGCCUGACAUCAGAUGACGUCUCUGACCUCUGUGACAGAUGCUUCCACACCAUGAGGGAGACUCUCUUUAGGCUGUCUGGCCGUCCAAGGGAGGCAAAGGACUCAUCCUAGAUGCUUCUACAAUGGUGUCACCAUGUGGUGGUGGCUGAAGGGACCUGUAUGUUGCCAAAUAUGGAAGGAACUUCUCUUCCUCUGCAGUGACUUCUAACUCUGGGAACACCAUGGACUGGCACACAUGGGGUGUCAAGCCAGAGCUGAGGUUCCUCAUUGAGUGGAUUUCUCUUACGGGUUCAUUAUCUCACAAUGAAACGUCUCCUUUUU